UCAUAUAAAAGAAAGAAAGAGUUGCAGAUGAAUGAGUCUUCUCUCACACCAGCCCAGCCCUAAUUGAAACGAAUUGAAAUUUCCUCUGAAGCUCUCCUCUCCCCUCACCGCCACUCUCUCUUCCGCCGCUCUCCCCUCACAGAUUGAGGAAAGACGCUGCUGUAGAGGAUCACAAGGUAUAAAACACGACAAGUUCCUCGUUGCUCAAACCCUCAUCGCUGUUCCCUCUUCGUAGCCGCCAUUCUCGAAGAGGCAGCAGCAACCACCAUCAAACGCCUUUGUAAUGGGCAUGGUGCCGAUUGGUGACAAGGAAGAGUAUCCUACUCCGAUGGAGAAUCCUCAACUCUCUGAUUUGCAGUUGGUGUAUCAUGUCAGAGACGCACUUGUUGCUGUCACCUUGGGUGAAAGAGAGAAUUACGAUGACCUUGUUGGUUGCUUGUUUCGUCCUUUGAAUUGGACACUCAAGAAAAAGCAUCUCAACGAGGAUGAGAUUGCUCUGGUUGUGACAACUUUAAAUGCGCUUGCAGGAGCGGUGUCCUACAUUGAUUUUUCCCAUCACAACGCGCUUCUUUCUGCGGUUUCAAGUAUGAGUUUGUGGGAUUAUGGAACCAAUGUUAUGGAUGCACUCACUGAACUCAUUGUGUCCUUGGCUUCUACCAAUGUAAAAUACAUGGAUUUGUGUCUGGAGAUGCUGGUUGAAAAUUUCAUCCCACCAAACAUGAAAUAUUUUCUGAGCCUGAGGAAUGGACUUGACAGGAAAAAUAAAGUUCUAGCUCGGGUCCAUACUGCUUUGGAACAAAUAGCUGAGUUGGUGCCCCUUGCACCGUUGCGUCUGUCUAAAAUAGUUCUCCAGAAAAUGCCCAAUGUCUUCAGUGGGGAACAUAUGAUUGUCAUGUAUGUGGAGAAUAUGUUAAGGCUGGAGAGUGGUUCAAUUGGAGAAACCUUUGGUGGUGCAAUGCUGCCCGCGCUUGUGGACAGGUUGAUACAGUUGGAUGUGGAAAUUGGAUGGGACGGCAUUAUGCAGGAAGAUGCCAAAGGCAUAUUUGAAAUGGAGUUGGAAAAUGCUGCUGAAUUUGCAGAUGAGAAUGAGAAAUGUGAUGAUAUGUCUUCUGCAGAGUUAUUAAAGAGGAAAAAUUUACAAGGCAAUUUGGUUGUUGAGAAAUUAGAUAGCCUAAUGGAACUGACUUUUUUGCAUCUUGAAACCUGUCAAAACAAUGGCCGUUUGGCUCAGGUAUUCAAUAUUCUACUGACAUCAUUUAAGAGAACUGUACUGAAUGCAUACAAGUCAAAAUUUACCCAGUUUGUGAUGUUCUAUGCAUGUGCACUGGAUCCUGAAGGAUGUGGCGUGAAAUUUGCCAUGUUUCUUGCGGAGAUGUUUGGUUCUGAUGUUAAUCCCCCUAUUAAUAGGAUGAGUGCUGUUGCUUAUCUUGCAAGUUAUUUGUCUCGUGCGAAGUUUCUAUCUGCUGCUCUGGUUGCUAGCAUCUUACAAAGAUUGGUAGAUUGGUGUUUUAACUAUUGCAAGUUGCAUGAUUUCGAUAUGAACCCACAAGCACAUCAAGUUUUUUAUUCUGGAUGCCAGGCCAUCAUGUAUGUUCUUUGCUUUCGCAUGAGAUCAUUGGUGGAUAUUCCAAGGCUUAAGUUGCAACUUCACAAUAUGCCCAUGGAGCCAAUCUGGAAACAUAAAUUGAGUCCCUUGAAGGUGUGUUUGCCUACGGUAGUAGAGGAAUUUCUCAGACAGGCGAAGGCUGCUCAACUUUUCAUGUCCUCCUCAGAGACAUUUGUUUUCAAUGAUUUGCUUGAGUCUGAUGAUCUUUCCAGGUCUUUUGGUGGGAUGGAUAGACUUGAUAUGUUCUUCCCAUUUGAUCCAUGUCUAUUGAAAAAGAGUGAAAGCUACAUAAGGCCACAUUUUGUCCGGUGGUCAAGAGUGAAAACUACAUAUGAUAGUGAUGACGAUGAAGAUGGCAGUGAAAUGUCAGAUGAUGAUUUUGUUGACAGGAAUGCAGAGGAAUUGGAUAUGAUGGUGAGCGUUGAAGGUCUUGAUUUUGAUGCUGACUUGAACAAAAUGUCUAUUACACCCAACAACAACUCUUUGAAACAGCAUAUGCGAAUGCCCGCAAGAAUCAGACCCUCCACUAGUCCAGAGUCUUUGUAGUUUGUAGUACCUAUAUGUGCUUGUUAUCUCUACAUGAUAGGAAGCCUGUCAAUUUUGUCAUGUUUAGAGUAGGAACUACUCAUCUAAAGGGUGUUGUGCUAUAAGAAAAUGAUAUUUGAUGUUGGAGCAAUUGUAACGUUUAUAUAGUUAGCAUUUUCUCCUUUUUUAUCACUUUUUACUUUUUUUUUCCUGUGUAAGUUAAUUGAAGCUGCCAACCUUGAGAUACUUGCUCCACCAACUCGCUAUCUUGUUUGUAAUUAUUGAUGGAAAGAAAAACUGAAACAAGUAUGUUAAAAUA